AUGUCAAGGGACAAGCAGCCCCGAUCCCCCCCUUCCCCCACCCACUCGGAUCUAUCCCUGCAUAGCAACGAGGAGUGGGAGCCGACCCAGGAGGGGGAUACGACCGACCAGGCAUGCAGUGACCAGCCGCGGUCGUCAAGGGCCCAUGAGAAGACUAAGAAAAAGCCUAGUAGAAAGGCAAGAAGCCAGCCAGAGGAGCAGUCGGAGGAGGAAGCCUCUGGUGAAGAUGCAGGACCGAAAAAGCCGCGUGGCCCCAGAUACACUGAGGCGGAAAACUGUGCUCUAGUGGAUGGCGUCGACAGGUCCUAUGACGUUCUGUAUGGACCAAGGGCACAGACCACAGCAGCUAGGACAAAGCGAAACAUCUGGGAUGCCAUCGCGAGCCAAGUCACUGCAGUAUCUGGAAACCGCCGGAGCACCAAAAACUGCAUGAAGCGGUACAGUGAUUGCCGCAGACAGACCAAGAAGAAGAUGGGGAUUCAGCGCCGUCAUGAGACCGCUACGGGAGGUGGACCGGCUCUCAACCUGAAGUGGCUACCCUGGGAGAAUGUUAUUAGAAGGCGCAUGAACCCUGCCAUGGUCGAAGGAGUUCGCGGAGGUGUGGACUCUAGCCGUCCUGCUGGCUUUCCCGAGGAGGAAGAACCGCCCAGAAGACGGAAGAAGGCGGGAGAUAAGCAGUCCAAAAGGAGGCCUGAUGACAGGCCUGCCCAGAGGACAUCACCUGCGCGCAGGACAUCGCCAGCGCGCGGACCGACACCUGCGCAGCAGGCAUCGACAGCAGCGCGCGGGCCGACACCUGCGCAGCAAGCAUCAGGAGCGCGCAGAUCUUCACCUGGCCCUGGAAGUUUCUUCCCUGUGUGA